GGCGGGGGCGGGGUCUGGCCGCCUGGGCGGUGAGCGGGCAGCGCUGCCUCCGCCUGUGUGACUGGGCGGCGCCGGCUAGGCCUCCGUCUGGAGAGGAUUCAAGAUGACCAACGAAGAACCUCUUCCCAAAAUGGUUCGACUGAGUGAAACAGACUUCAAAGUUAUGGCACGAGAUGAGUUAAUUCUAAGAUGGAAACAAUAUGAAGCAUAUGUCCAAGCUUUGGAGGGCAAAUACACUGAUCUUAAUUCUAAUGAUGUAACUGGGUUAGGAGAGUCUGAAGAAAAACUAAAGCAGCAACAAGAGUCUGCCCGCAGGGAAGACAUCCUUGUAAUGCGACUAGCUACCAAGGAACAAGAGAUGCAGGAGUGUACUACUCAAAUCCAGUACCUCAAGCAAGUCCAGCAGCCUAGUGUUGCCCAACUGAGAUCAACGAUGGUAGACCCAGCGAUCAACUUGUUUUUCCUAAAAAUGAAAGGUGAACUGGAACAGACUAAAGACAAACUGGAACAAGCCCAAAAUGAACUGAGUGCCUGGAAGUUUACCCCUGAUAGGUAAACAAAUCAUACUCCCCAGUCAAGACUUCCCUGACAGUCCCACUGCGAGAAUGCUGUGGUGGGACAGCCAAGUACUCGUUUCCACACCAAGACUCAGACUUUUUGAGCCAAAAAAAAGCCAUUCUUAUACUAUCCAGCUUGUAAUGGUUAAUGUAAAACUUACCAGAUGAACCUUGUGCUUCAGCU